CAGAGCAGCGAGGGCACAGCACGGAUGAGGCGCAUGCGCGGUGCUGGACGGCGCUGGAGCUGCGGGCCCGGCGCGGGCUCGCGGAGGGGCCGGGGGGCAGCCGUUGGCGGAGGCGAGGCGGCGUGCGGCUGGCGGGGCCUGGCGGGCGGCUCGCCGCAGCAGCUGGCGGAGCGAUACGCGGACUUGGCCGCCAGCCACAGCGAGGCGGUGCGGGCCCGCGAGGAGCGGGAGCGCCAGAACGUGCGGCUGCGGGACGAGAACGCGCGGCUGCGGCUGGAGAACCGCCGGCUGAGGCGGGAGAACCGCAGCCUCUUCCGCCAGGCGCUGCUGGGGCCCGGCCCGGAGCCCGACGCGCCGCCCCGCCCGGGCUCCGCCCCCGAGCAGCAGCAGCAGCAGCAGCAGGAGGAGGAAGCGGCGCUCGCGGCCCAGCUGCGGCGGCUGCAGGAGAGGCACCGCCGGGCCCUGCAGCAGCUGCGGCGCCGCCGAGCCCAGGACGGGCUGGAGGAGGACGGGGAGCUGGACGAGCUGCUGCGGGAGUUGGACGGGGAGCAGCAACGGCCCCCGGGGCAGCAGCCGCCGGAGAAGAAGAGCCUGGUGCCGCCCCUAUAACCAGGGGGAGGCUGACGGGGCUCCGCAGUGGUUUGGGGACCCCCCCCACAGCCAGAUCACUGGGGUGAGGAGCCCCUAUCACUCUCUCCAGCCCCCCUUUGCUACCUGAGGCGGACCCAGCUGGCUGCACUCUGGGGCCGCCUCACAGCGGGGCUCCUCUGCCCCACAGGUUUUUGGGGUCCCAGAAGUAGGC